AUGGAGGAGAACAAGGAACAGUCCAAGAGCGCCUUGAAGAAGGCCGAGAAGGCCGCCCAGAUGGCUGCUAAGAAGGCUGAGAAGGCGGCCAAGCAAGCCACCCUCCCCGUCGUCGGCGGCAAGAAGGCGGACGACAUCAUCGGCAUCACGGUCAAGAAGAACGAGAACUUCUCGCAAUGGUACCAGGAGGUCGUCCUCAAGGCCGAGCUGAUUGAGUACUACACCGAGAUCUCGGGCUUCUUCAUCAUGCGCCCCGCCACCAUGUACAUCUGGAACGUUAUCCGCAAGUGGUUCCAGGAGCACAUCGACGAGCUCGGCGUUGAGGAGACCAAUUUCCCCAUGUUCUUGUCGCAGAAGUCGCUCGAGAAGGAGAAGGAGCACGUUGAGGGUUUCGCCCCCGAGCUCGCUUGGGUUACCAAGGCUGGUGACAAGGACCUCGAGGUUCCCGUGGCUGUCCGCCCUACCUCCGAGGCUGUCAUGUACCCCUACUACGCCAAGUGGAUUCGCAGCCAUCGCGACCUUCCCUUCCGUCUGAACCAGUGGAACUCGGUCGUCCGUUGGGAGGCCAAGCAGACCACUCCUUUCCUCCGUGCCCGGGAGUUCAUGUGGCAGGAGGGUCACACCGCCCACCUUACCGAGCAGGCCGCCGGCGAGGAGCAGCUCCUCGCCGUCCCCGUCGUCCGUGGUCGCAAGACCGAGGCCGAGAAGUUCGCCGGUGGUUACUACACCACCACCGUCGAGGGCUACAUUCCUUCCAACGGCCGUGGUAUCCAGGGUGCCACCUCUCACUGCCUGGGCCAGAACUUCUCCAAGAUGUUCGACAUCACCGUCGAGGAUCCCGCCGAGAAGGGCAAGCACAUCCACGUCUGGCAGAACUCGUGGGGUCUGUCCACCCGUGUCAUCGGUGUCAUGGUCAUGAUCCACGGUGACGACAAGGGUCUCGUCCUCCCUCCUCGUAUCGCCAAGAUCCAGUCCAUCCUCAUCCCCGUCGGCCUCACCGCCAAGAUGUCGGCCGAGGAGAAGGACGCGCACAUGAAGAAGGUUGACGAGCUCCUCGCCACCCUCAAGAAGGCCGGCGUCCGCACCGACGUCGACACUCGUGAGGGCUACACUCCCGCCUGGAAGUUCAACGACUGGGAGCUCAAGGGUGUUCCCCUCCGCAUCGAGUUCGGUCCCAAGGACGCCGCCAAGGACGUCAUCUCGUACGCCCGCCGCGACACCGGCGAGAAGGGCACCAUCCCCAUCGCCGAGCUCACCACCAAGGUCCCCGAGCUCCUCGAGACCAUCCAGCAGGACAUGUACAACAAGGCCGAGGCUUCGUUCCGCGAGCACCGCCUCAAGAUCGAGAAGUGGGAGGACGUCGUCCCCGCUCUCGACGCCAAGAACGUCGUUCUCAUCCCUCACUGCCUUGUCCCCGACUGCGAGGACAAGAUCAAGGAGCUCACCACUGGCCGCUCUGACGAGGCUGCUGAGGGCCCCGAGUCCCAGAAGGCUCCCUCUAUGGGCAUGAAGUCCCUCUGCAUUCCCUUUGAGCAGCCCAAGGGUCUGGUCAAGGGCGAGACCAAGUGCUUGAACCCUGAGUGCUCCCGUCUUGCUGAGCAGUGGUGCAUGUUCGGCCGCUCUUACUAA